AUGCUUCAGCCAUAUUGGUUCCUCCAAACCACCCACUCAAGCUCUCACACAAUUUUCAACCCAAAAGACAAAGGCACCAGCAACCCGGACCAUACUACCGGGCUUUCUGCUGGUCCGUGGUUCCAUUCCAUGGCCCAGACGCUCAGUAGCGUCCAUGAUAGCGCGCAACCACCGCUGCGAGAAGUGGGAACUGAACUCACCUACACUGGAGCAGACCGGCAAGUCCUCAGCAACCCCGUUGGUGCUCUUCCAACCGAAUCCCGCCCGGUACUGUUCCGCGGCGCCGAGGGGCAAAAAGUGAGCAUGGGAUGCUUGAGGAGCGGUGACCAGCACCACCAAAAACAAUACAGAAACCCCGUGGAUCGUAAACGGUCGGAGAAACUCGAGAGCGAUCUAUAA